AUGUUUAUACUUCUGGGUUCUGGCUUAGCCAGCUGUUGGAGUAUUUCCGGAGUAGUUUAUGUUGGCCUUUAUAUAUCAAGAAAUCUGUCGUUUGAGCUGGGUGGAUGUGUUGUGCAUAGCUAUUUCCAGCCCAGAAUAGCUCAAGUGAUAAGGGAGAAAGGGGGUUGGGUUAGAAGUCAUAGGUUCAUUCUUGAAUAUAAGCCAAUGAUGCUUCCUGAUAUGGGUACAGAGCUGGUGAUGUCUUGA